AUGGGGUUUACCCCUGCUUCGGACCUUUCAAAGAUUCUUCGUCUCGUCGACGCAGCCAUCGGCCCACCCUCUGCCCACCCUCUACUGCGUCCACGUAUGGGGUUUACCCCUGCUUCGGACGUGCGUCAAACACCGCCCAAGUCGAAGCAGAACAACGCCAGCGUUGGUACCAUCUCAGUAGGCUGUGCCGUGGUCUGCGCUCGUGCAAGACCUUUCUCCGUGCUCAACGCCUCUGGUUCCAACUUGCCACCUACUCAAACUGCGCCUCCGUUGCCGAGAGCUUGGCAUUCGAGGAUGAAGACUAUGUCUAUCUUACCCAAUGCGCCACUGCUUUGCCUUCCCAUUCGGCUCGCAUCCGGGACGUUCCGCCUAACGAACAGAAGGGUAGCGAUAUGA